GAGAGAGAGAGAGAGAGAGAGAGAGUGGAACAGCAACAGAGACGAGGGAGGGAGUAAAAGAGAGCACGGAAGGAAGGCAACACUGCCCAAGCGAAAUCCGCCCCAACUGAGGAAGACUGGAGGAGGAGGAGGAGGCCUCUUCUUAGAUCACACACUUGGCAUGAAAUUGAUACUGAGAGUGAGGGAGAGUUGGUAGUGAAUUGCGGAGUAACACAGUCUGAUAGCGAUACGGCGGCGGCGGGAGGGGUAACCACAUUCUCCUCUCCUCCUCUACAGGAUACAGACGACAGACUCCAUUUUCACGAUUUUGUCUCCUCUCUCUCUGCAUAUUGAUACGUUGCCAUCUCAAGCUGUUUCCAUACAUGGCUGAAAAGAUGGACGAAACCAGGAAUGGAGCCUAUUCUCAGCCACUUUCAUUUGCCUACGAUUCUAAGAAACUUGAAGAUGACAUUCAUUGUCUGGGUCUUAAAAUUAAACAACAUGAGGACAACAUCAAAUAUUUGAGGCAACAAGUUCACAGAUUGGAUGACUCGAUUCUUGACAUGCAAGUUGCUCUUGGCAAGUAUCAUUCAUCCAGUACGCACAGGAUGGAGAAUAAGGAUCUUUCUCACGUGGGUAGUGAAGAGGAGAUGGUUGAACAUAUUCUGGCACAUGAGAAUUCUGCUGCUGGCACAUUAUUUCAGCUGAAAGCUUGUCAUGAAUCUCAUGCUUCUCAUCUUGCAUGGAUGAAAGAUGUGGUUGGCGUUGUUGCUACUCUUGGAAAUGUUGAGGAUGAUAACCUUAGCAGGCUUCUCUCAGAGUAUCUGGGGACAGAAAAGAUGCUAGCAGUUGUCUGCAAAACCCAUAAUUGUGUUAAAGCGCUGGAAGCGUAUGAUAAGGAAGGCUUCAUAAGUAAGACUUCUGGUCUUCAUGAACUUGGAGCUUCAAUUGAAAGGCCUCUAGAUGGUCGAUUUCUAGCAAUUUGCCUGGAAAACCUAAGACCAUUUGUUGGCAACUUUGUGGUCAAUGACCCGCAGCGGAGGCUUGACAUAGUAAAACCAAGAUUACCUAAUGGAGAAACUCCGCCUGGCUUUCUUGGAUUUGCUGUGAAUAUGAUCAACAUUGACAAGAGCAACCUAUACUUUGUCACAAGCAGUGGCCGUGGCCUGAGAGAGACUCUCUUCUAUAGCCUCUUUUCCCGGUUGCAGGUGUACAGAACUAGGGAAGAGAUGUUACGGGCUCUCCCAUUUAUGACUGAUGCUGCUCUUUCUUUGGAUGGUGGGAUCAUGAGAGGUGCUGGUAUGUUUUGCCUGGGAAAAGGAAAAGACGUAGUUCUGAGGUUUCCCAAAAACUCAGGAAGGUCAAGUCUACCUAAAGAGUAUUUUGAAACCGAAACUGCGAUGAAGGAGGAGAAAUGGAAAAAGGAAAGAUUGUCGGAAGAUAUCCGAAGAGAACAAAUAGUUUUGGACCAAGUGAAGUUCAAUUAUGAAAUAAAGAAACAAGAGUUUGUCAAAUACUUGGCUGAGAGCUCAUCACAUUCAACUCAGCACCAGCUUCAGUCUGAACGCGAGAGAUUGACCCCAAGAUCAUAACGGUACCGAAUCAAAGAUCCAGCUGGAGUCUCAGACUAGAUGAGCAGCAUAUUUCAGAAGCUUGUUCUCUUGGUUAACUCGUUUCCUCGUUCUCUUGGUUAACUUGUAUUUUGAAUUUGUCAAUCUUGUGAAUCACACUCAUUUUUUACUUGAGGAGUUGAAACUUAAGAGAGGCUCUUGGCUUAUCUGUGGGCAAAUUUUUGUGCAUGUAUUGCCCAUUGUACACAAAGUAGUUUGUACACAUCAAGAGAUUCGGUUGCAGUGGCCUUUACUGCCUGCCAACUUCUUGGCAACUGUACAGUAUCUUCUUUUGGUUUUGCAUUUUAUUGAUGCGGUACUCAAAUUUGCUUGA